GUCUCCCUCUUGCUGUUGCAUGCAGUUCCUCUCUCUCUUCCUCCAUUCCUCUAACCCCUCCCUCCUUCUAACCCCACCCCUCUGGCAGAUCCAGGAAGUCCCUCCCCUUCCCACAAACUCUCUUCUGAGGAAACGAAACUGAUCUGAGUCUCUGUCUCAUCUGUCUGUGUGACAGUGAACAACCGUCCAAAUGGCUCAACAGGGAGUUUUGCUGGACCAGGACCAGUUCUGUUGUUCUGUCUGUCUGGAUCUACUGAAGGAGCCGGUGGCUAUUCCCUGUGGACACAGUUACUGUAGGAGCUGUAUUGAGGGCUGCUGGGAUCAGGAUGUUCUGAAAGGGGUCUAUAGCUGUCCUCAGUGCAGAGAGACCUUCACUCCAAGGCCUAAUCUGAGGAAAAAUAACAUGUUGGCUGAGCUGGUGGAGAAACUGAGGAAGACAGGACUCCAGGCUGCUCCCCCUCCUGCUCUGUGCUAUGCUGGACCUGGAGAUGUGGUGUGUGAUUUCUGCACUGGGACCAGAAAGCAGAAAGCCCUCAUGUCCUGUCUGGUGUGUCUGGCCUCUUACUGUGAGACUCACCUCCAACCUCACUAUGAAUUUCCUGGUUUCAAGAAGCACAAGCUGGUCAAAGCCACGGCACAACUACAGGAGAAGAUCUGCUCUCAUCAUGACAAACUGCUGGAGGUUUACUGUCGUACCGAUCAGCAGUGUAUCUGUUAUCAGUGUGUGAUGGAUGAACAUAAAGGCCAUGAUACAGUGUCAGCUGCAGCAGAGAGGACUGAGAAACAGAGGCAGCUGGGGAUGAGUCAGCAGAAGGUCCAGCAGAGAUUCCAGGAGAGAGAGAAGGAGCUGAAGGAGCUCCAACAGGCUGUGGAGUCUUUCAAGACGGAAGAGAGAGAACAAAGGCUGAACCUUAACUUCCAAUGCCCCGCCCCCUCCACGCCACUCCGCCAACCACCAGGAUGCCCGGCAUCAGAACAUCCCAGGCAUUCCUGUGAUUGGCAGAUAGCAGGUUGAUUGGCAUGUCGGACCCCGCGAACACUGGGAACUGGUAAGUACAACACAACCAGCUACUAGCCGAACACAUAACACACAGCUGUCUGUGCGGGUCGCUACAGUAGUUUUACUAUCUGUGCCAGGCUAUAAAUGACACAGAUAAAAUCUAGUUAACGUUGUAUUUAAUGUAGUUUUACUAUCUGUGCCAGGCUAUAAAUGACACAGAUAAUAUCUAGUUAACGUUGUAUUUAAUAUAGUUUUACUAUCUGUGCCAGGCUAUAAAUGACACAGAUAAAAUCUAGUUAACGUUGUAUUUAAUGUAGUUUUACUAUCUGUACCAGGCUAUAAAUGACACAGAUAAUAUCUAGUUAACGUUGUAUUUAAUUGAUCACAGCUUUCUGCUUUCCAUGUAGAGUUUUUGGUAAAGAACAUUACAUUUGAUUAUUUUGUCAGUAAUGGCUGCAAAAAUGGGAAAAAAUCUUAGUUUAUCUUUGUCAAACAUGAGAUGACACAAACACACAGAGACAGUGUUGUGGCAAAGCUACCAGGAAACUAUCAAUCAUGGGAACAUUGCUCAGAUUUGAACAUCUGACCAUGCUGGUGAUAUUGCAGAGAGAAGGGAGUAUCUGAGGAGAAUUGUUGUGUUCACAUCAAUGUUAGGAAGACAAGGACUCUCUUUCCGUGACAAUGAUGAAUCUAGUGAAAGCACAAAUAGAGGGAACUCUCAAUAGUCAAACUAAAAUACAACUCAAACAACUUCCUAGAGGUGUUCUGUACCUGUCUGUCCAGGAGGGAGGAGAGUAGAGCAGGACCAAGAGGUGUUCUGUACCUGUCUGUCCAGGAGGGAGGAGAGUAGAGCAGGA